UGUCAGUUUCCUCUAUUUACUAUUUAGUAUUUAGUGUUACCUAUAUUACUACGAGCAGUACGAGCAUAAUAUAAUAUUCGUCCUUAUAAGCGAACACCCUAAGUGAUCGAAGUGACCCUUGCCAGUGUUAAACCAUCGAAACGUAUCGAAAUGGCAGGUGCUACCAUGUUAGCGCGCAUCAACAAGCCGUCCGACUUCGCCAUGAAGAAAGUCGAAACUGAACACGACAGGAUUAUGGCACGCGAGCAACUGAUCCUCACGCAGGGUGAACUCUUAAAGAAAGAAGGUAAGGCCAAAGAACUGGCCGCCUUAAUCAAGGAGACCAGGCCGUUUUUGUCCGAAAUCAGUAAGGCGAAAGCGGCCAAACUAGUGCGGUCCCUGGUUGACCUCUUCCUGGACCUCGAAGCAGGCAUUGGGAUUGAAUUGCAACUGUGCAAGGAGUGCAUAGAAUGGGCCAAGGAAGAGCGACGAACGUUUCUCAGGCAGUCGCUGGAGUCCCGGUUGAUGGCCCUGUACUUCGAUUCUGGAAUGUUUUCUGAAGCAUUGCAACACGGUGCAGUACUGUUGAAAGAACUGAAAAAGUUGGAUGAUAAAAAUUUGUUGGUCGACGUUUUAUUAUUGGAAAGCAAAGCUUAUCAUGCUCUGAACAACUUGUCCAAGGCUAGGGCCUCUCUUACUUCUGCUAGAACGACGGCAAACUCGAUUUAUUGCCCACCUAAAAUGCAGUCUUCUCUUGACUUGCAAUCGGGAAUCUUACAUGCAGCCGACGAGCAAGACUUUAAAACUGCUUAUUCUUAUUUCUAUGAAGCUUUUGAAGGGUUUGACAGUGUGGACAGUGCAUCUAAUGCACUUAAGGCAUUGAAGUACAUGCUUUUGUCAAAGAUAAUGUUAAAUAAUGCAGAAGAUGUACAACAGAUUGUGAGCGGUAAAUUAGCAUUAAAAUAUACAGGUCGUGAUGUAGAAGCAAUGAAGAGCAUUGCAAGAGCUAGUCACAAAAGAUCUUUAGCAGAUUUUCAAAUUGCGUUAAAUGAAUAUAAAAAAGAAUUGGAAGAAGAUCCAAUUGUCAGAGCACAUUUAGAUACACUUUAUGGAAAUAUGUUGGAACAAAAUCUGUGUAGAAUCAUUGAGCCAUACUCUAGAGUACAAGUUGAGUAUGUUGCCAAAUCAAUAAAUUUACCUAUGGAAAAUGUUGAACGAAAACUUUCACAGAUGAUAUUGGACAAAAAAUUCCAUGGUAUCUUAGACCAGGGUGAAGGCAUUCUUAUAGUAUUUGAAGAAGCUGAAAUCGAUGAAACUUAUGAAUUAGUUUUAGAUAAUAUAAAUAGCAUGAGCAAAGUCGUGGAUACAUUGUAUCAGACUGCUAAAAAAUUAACAUAAAAAUUGAACUAACAAAUUAUAUCCAAAAUUAAAAAAGUUAAAAAAUCUUUGUAUUUCGAGUACAUAAUAUUUCUUUUGGUUAAUAUUACUAAAUAAAUAAACUUGAGAUGAAAAAAAAAAUAUAGUACUAUUUAUUUUCAUUUAGAUAACUGGAUUUUAGGGAUAAUAUUAGGAGCAGUAAUUAGUCAUCAAAAUGUAUGUAUGGGCUUAACUUUUACAACUUGUAUUUUAUAAAUUUAUAAUCAACAGUUUAUUUUCUUUGUAAAUAAAAUUAUGUACAUUGAUACAAUGAUUAAUAAUCACUACUAAUCAUUAUUUUACUUGUUUUCAUUACUUAUUAUUUUAUAAGAAUAAAAAUGUAUAUCUUAUUUUUUGUUCAAUAUUAAUUUAAUUAACAUUA